AUGGUGUCGAAUGGAGGGGUUCUCCAUCCGGAUGUAUAUCUAUGGAUGGGGAUUCCGGUGUUUUGCAGGUUCGAAAGGCAUUCGAGAAAAGACGCUCAAAGGACAGCCAAUCUGGACUUUGACGCCCGCGUCCCCAUCCCCUUCAGUGUCUUCCCGUCGUCGUACCGGAGUGACGCUGUUCCUGAGACUACUCUUGAGACCGAAAGAGUAGAGGGAGAAGUCAAUCUCGAUCGUACUUCGCACGUCGAACGGGAAGAUACUCGAACCUCUGCUCCUCUUCCAGAUCCCCGUGCCCACGGUCAGGAAGAAGUCGACUUUCGUUUCCAGCGCGAGACUCGUACCACUCACGGUGGUAACGACCAGCAACACCAGCACGCCCACUUUCACGCCGGCAACAACACCAACAACAACAACUUCGUCUACGAGGAGCGUCAUCAGACGAACCGGUAUCCCGAAGUUGAUCUAGCUCGUGAACAGUACCGUGAACCUUCGGUCCGCUUCCAAGACCGUCCUCAAACCUACGAUAAGGCUCUCGAGUCCCAGCUCGACAUCACUGAGCGUGAGUAUCGUCGUCGUACCGACCCCACCUACGACGUCUCCCCAUCGGACCGCCGCUCUCAGGGUCCCGCCGUUGUAGAGUCUUUCGAAAGUCACCGUUACCCGACCGCCGACGUCUACGACCGUUCUGCCCGGUCCCAGGUUGAUCACACCUUCGACCGUACCGCCUACGACCGUACCGCCGAGUCCCAGGUCUACGACCAAUCUUCCCGCCGCCCCCAGGCCAACGUCUCCUACGACCGCACCGCCGAGUCCCAGGUCUACGACCGAUCUCCCCGUCGCCCCCAGCAGACCAACGUCUCCUACGACCAGGCCUUCCAGCCCCCGCCCGUUGAAGCUUACCGCGGAGACUCCUUCAGCCGUCGCGACCUCAACGUAGAGUCCGUUGCUCCCGCUCCGGCCCCAGAGACCACCAACCUUAAGGUUUACAAGACCAAGACUGUGAUUGAUCACCCCCCUGCUCGCAAGAUGGGCUACUACGACGACGACGGUAACUACCACUCCUUCCGUCGUGGUGUGGAACGCGCUGCCGACCGCAUCAUGCACCCCUUCCAUCACCAUGAUCAUCAUCAUCAUGGCCACCAUGAUCAUGACCAUCAUCACGAACGCCAGGAUGUUGUCGUCGCUGCUGACGAUCGCGGACCAGUUCGAUUCCGGGAGGGUGUUCGUGAGGAUGUGCGCAUCGUCGAGCCUCGUGCCGGCGGUGGCGCCACCACCGAAUCCGUGCCCAUUCCCUGCCACUUUGUGCGCAUCGGCGACAUCCUGAUCCUCCAGGGCCGUCCCUGCCAGGUGAUCCGUAUCUCCGUCUCCCCUCAGACCGGCCAGCACCGCUACCUGGGUGUCGACCUCUUCACCCGUCAACUGCACGAGGAGUCCAGCUUCAUCUCCAACCCUUCGCCCUCCGUCGUGGUCCAGACCAUGCUUGGUCCCGUCUACAAGACCUACCGCAUCCUGGACCUGCGUGACGACGGCAAGCUCGUCGCCAUGACGGAGUCCGGUGACGUCAAGCAGGGUCUGCCCGUCGUGCCCCAGGGUCACCUCUUCCGUCGCAUUCGUGAGGCGUUCGAGGAUGGCCGUGGCAGCGUCCGCGCCCUGGUCAUCAACGACGGCGGUCGUGAGCUGGUGGUGGACUACAAGGUGAUCCACGCUUCCCGCCUGUAG